AAAAAUUGUUACGAAAAAAGGGAUGUGAAGUUUGAUUCAACAAAUCGGAGUAUAUUUCAAAAAGGAGAAAUAUGCUACAUCACAGCUGAAUAACUAGAAACAUAUUCAUAGUGAAACCUGGAGAGGAAGAAUGUCAAACAAGAUUACAGCAUGGCUUAUCAGCUUUGUGCUGUGGAUCACUGUUCUGGACAUAACACAUGGAGCUGUCCCAAGUUUCACCAGCCCCGCCACAAAUUCAUCGACGUUGACCGUCGCCGAAUCCGUCGCCACCGGCACCGUUGUACUCAGUCUAGCAGCUACCGACGCCGAUGGAGGCGUCAUAACGUUCACAAUAGGGUGGCAGUCCCCGGCCUCGCCCACGAAAUUUGGCGUUACGGGGUCAAACGUCGUAACUACAAACACGUUCGACUAUGAAGUUGCAACUGACCGGCAAUAUGAAUUAGAAAUUGUAGCUACUACUGACGCAGCCGGUACGGAUUCUGCUUCGUCUACCGUCACGAUUACCGUGAACAACGUUAACGACAACCCGCCAUCAUUUUCAUCCAAUAUUUACUACGCCUCCAUAGCGGAAAACACAGCAGCAGGCACAUCUGUCAAGUUACUUACUGUCAACGACGCCGACGGCGAUACAAUGACAAUCUCGAUAACCGCCGGCGACGAAGCCAAUAAAUUUGGCACUAACCUAAAACAGAUAGUUACUUCAAGUAACAUCAUUGAUUACGAGACGUUAUCUGCCGUCAACUUUCAGUAUACGUUAGAAGUUGAAGCCAGUGACGGCGGAUUAACGUCAACGGCCACCGUCAUUAUAUCGAUCACAGGUGAAAACGAGGCCGCUCCAGUAUUUGAGACGACAGGUUUCAGUCCUGUGUUUACCAGCUCCACGACCCCCUACAACAUCGAGGAGGAUUCAACUACCGGAACAACCAUCGUAACGGUGACCGCCUCCGACACAGAUCUCGGGGUGGCUGGGCAGAUCACGUAUAGUCUCGGGACCAUUACUAAAAGCAGUGGGGUUACAGCAUCCGGCAUAUUCCACAUUGACAAAGUCAGCGGGUUGAUUACAACAGCGUCAAACUCAUUCGACCGUGACCCGGUUACAGGAGGUCUCGAGUAUUAUGACGUCACCGUAAUUGCGUCAGACCAGGGUCCGUCUGUUCGGUCGGCUACGGUCGCCAUACGAGUCGGCCUUACGGACGUAAACGAUAACUCACCGGAAUUCGAUAAAAACGUUUACUAUGUCUCUAUCUCCGAGACAGACACUGCAGGUACAAGUGUACUGACGUUAACUGCUACCGACAAAGACGCCACCACGACAUCAUUCAGGUUUACCAUUGAUGCCGCUAGUUCGCCGACGUCUUACUCAACAAAGUUUGAACUAGAUGCCGUGACGCAGAACCAGAUAAAUCUUAAAAGUGUAAUAGACUUGGAUGCUCCGAUCAACGACCCAGACGUCUAUACGUUGGUUAUAGAGGUCGAUGACGGGGUAUCAUCCCCGCUGACAUCAACUGCUACCGUCAUAGUUUCUGUGACGUCGGUGAACGAGUUCACUCCAACUAUCGCAGGCACAACUGUUUUGCUUGAUGAGAAUGCAAGUGUGGGCAGGUCAGUGACAACGGUGACAGGGUCAGAUCCAGACUUUGGCACAUUUGGGGACAUCUCUUUCUCAAUCACAGACAUAUGA